AUGGGUAUUUAAUAAAUUAAACUUAGGGAAUUUAGAAGAUAAGGUUUAACAAAGAUAAUAUAAAUAAAAUUAUUAAAAGAAUUAUUUGAAACGAUUUUAUGAUCAGAAGAAAACUCUACGAUUAAAGUAUAUUUAUCAAGAAGAAUAUAUUGAUGAAAGAGAUUUAGGCAUACAAAAGUGCAAUAUUCUAAUGCUGCUGAGGGCAUCAAUAAAGGAAAUAAUAGCUACAUAUACAUACCAUAUAUUUAGAAAAAAAGAUGAAUUUCGGGAGAAAUCUUAACUAUAAAUCGUUGGACUCUUAUCAGGAAACACGGAGGAUGUUAAUUUAGAGAUAUAUAUGUUUCAUAUACAAAUCAAGAUGGCAGCAUCAAAGAUGCUAGAGGAAAUGGUUGUUUUUGGAACCCUAAAUACAAAUAAUCAUUUUGAAUUCAAGGAUAUUUAUUAGGAUGUACAAGAUAUUUUGUUGGGGUAAAUCGAACGCCUAAGCUGUGAGAAUGCAUAGCUUAUAAAAUAUGUAGUUCUUAGCAAUAUAAAAUUAGUAGUGA